AUGGCGGCAGAGAACUGCGGAGGGAGCGGCCGAGGGAGGGUCAGGAACUGUGGAAGAAGAAAUCAGCACAGAGAUUUGUGCCUUUCUCAGACUCGAGGGGGCGAAAGCACAAACCUGGCUCGUGGACCUUGGCUCCCGCCAGCUCUCAAGCAGCCCCGAAGUUACCAGGCCCGCCAAGCAUCUGACUCACUGACACAGCACUUAAAAUCCAGAUGGGAGAAGAGAGGUGUAUCCAGGAAUGUGGACUAUCCCCCUGGUGGCAGAGCAAGGGUAUCAUGGCCUAAGUCAGCGGUUCUCAAAACAUGGUUCCUGAACCACCAGCAGCAGCAGCCCUGGGUACUCGGUAGCAGUGAGGAUGUCUCGGGCUCCAGCUUGCACCACCAGAAUCAGAAGCUCUGGGCUGAGGCCCCGUGUGUUUUAGCCAGCCCUUCCGGUGACGCCGAGGCAGGCCCACGUUCGAGAACCACCCACCUGAGCUGGAGCUGCCCGCCCCAGUCUUCGCAGGGGAGCCAGCCGUGGACUUCCAACUGUUCCGAGCACUUUACAACCUCCCAUAAUGCCCCAGUUACAGGCACAGAAAGGGUUGUGCCUCGGAAUGAUUUCGGUUAUGGGAUCCUAAAAAUCGGCACGUCAGAGCUGAGGAAUGUAAGCUUUCCGGCUGCUCCAGCUGCCACGGCCAGGCUGGCCCUCUGCGUCAGCCUUUUAGGGUAAAGUUCAGGACAGCACAAGCCCACAGCCGUGCCACAUACUAAAGCCAGGGAUUACGGUGUUGAUUUACUUGGCUUCUUGGCUAAUCUACAGUG